UUUGGAUAAUCUUUCUUUUUUAACAGUUCAGAUUCAGGGUCUGAGAGCAAAAGUUUUUUUAGUUUUGGAUUGAUAUUUUGCCCGGCCCUGUGAUCUGGGUCCGUGGAUCCGCAAUAUUUUUACGGAUCCUGAUCCAGGAAGCCAAAAUGUUGCGGAUCCAAUGGAUCUAGAUCCGGAUCCUAAGCACUGUUUAACCUGAUUCACUUCUUCUCAUAAACUUUUUUAAUCAAAAAAACAAAUGAAAAUGUACAAACUAUUUAAUUUAAAAUGCGAAAAAAUUUAGACAUAAAUUAUGCAACGAUCGUUUAAACUAAUUAACAAUGAAAAACCUAUAUUGUUUAAGAUGUAGAAUAAUUCUGAUCUUUUGUAUCUAUAUGUAUGAAGUAAUAAUAUCUAUUUCUCUUGUUGUCUGUAUGUUCGAUCAUAUAACCCUUGGCCGAUUUGCCUCAAACUUUGAUACAGAUACUCUGCAGAACCAAAGGAAUGUUUUUAGUUGGUUGUAUAUCUUGUAAAGAGAAAUCUUAGAUUUCUGGGCAAUGUUUCUAACUUGUAAAUUUAAAAUUAGAAAAGUUUAAUUGGGCGCAGCUGUAUUUGUUCUAAACCCUUUUUUACCAUUUUAAUCUCCAAUUCAAAAAUUUCAGAGAAUAUGGCCGAUUCGACCGAUACACAGAGAAAGAAAAUAAAAGUGGAAAAUAUUGAUAUCAUAGAUGCAAUCCGUCCUCCUUCUACUCUAGAGGAAACAUGUGCUGUUUAUAUAAAGGAAGAAGAUGUAAAAGUUGAGAUAAAAGAACCAUAUCAAGAUGAAAAAAUUCUCAAUGAAGAGGAUCCUCUGCUGGUUGGAUCAAAAAUAACCAAGAAAAGGAAACUAGGAGUAAUAUAUUUUUGUGAUAAAUGCGACUAUACUGCAACUUGCAGAGGUAAUCUAAAUAAACAUAUUAACAGUAAGCAUGAAGGAGUGAAAUAUCCUUGUGAUAAAUGUGACUAUUCUGCGACCAGCCGACGUUAUCUCAAAGAACAUAAUGAAAAUAAACACGACGGAGUUAGAUAUUCAUGUGAUAAAUGUGAUUAUUUAGCAACUAUACCAACUCGUUUAAGAGAACAUAUAAAGAAUAAACAUGAAGGAGUGAGAUAUCCCUGUGUAAAAUGUGAAUACGCUGCAACUACAGCUGGGGAUCUUAGAAAGCAUUUCGAAAAUAAACAUGAAGGGGUGAGAUAUCCUUGUGAUAAAUGUGAGUAUUCUGCUGCUAGACCAACGUCCCUAAAGGAACAUAAAAAGAUUAAACACGAAGGAGGAGGACAUCAGUGUGUUAAAUGUGAAUAUGUUGGAACCACAGCAAGGGAUCUUAAAAGACAUACCGAAAGUAAACACGAAGGAGUGAGAUAUCUGUGUGAUAAAUGUGAAUAUUCUGCAACUAAACCGAAUAAUCUUAAAAGUCAUAAAAUGUAUAUGCACGAAGGACUGAGAUUUCCUUGUAAUAAAUGUGAAUACGCUGCUACUUGUCGAGGUAAUCUAAAAAAGCUUAUUGAGACUAAACAUGAAGGAGUGAGAUAUCCAUGUAAUAAAUGUGAAUAUGCUGCUACUAGGCCAAAUCAUCUCAGAGACCAUAUUAUGGUUAAACACGAAGGAGUGAGAUAUCCUUGUGAUAAAUGUGAAUACGCUGCAACUACAGCAGGGGAUCUUUAAAGACAUACCAGAAAUAAUCAUUAAGAAGUGAGACAUCCUUGUGAUAAAAAUGUCGGAAUCUGAUCGUGGAAAUCUUAACAAAAAAAUAAGAGUUUUAAAUGUUUUAAUUUUUUAAUUUUGGCCUUUUAAAAACCUUCCCUAGGGUCGU